CGCCUUGUUCCGCUCCGCCCCGGAGCAGGAAGCGGCACCUCCGGAAGCCGGCAGCGGAGGGCGGGAGGCAGCCGUACCCGGUGAGCGGAGGCUGCAGCCAUGCCCGCCUUCCGGCAGGUCGGGGAGAAGCAGCUGCCGCAGGAGGUGGUCGUCAUGGCGUGGUCCCCCAAGAGGGACCUCAUCGCUCUGGCCAACAGGGCGGGAGAGGUUUUACUUCAUCGGCUUGCAAACUUUCAACGAGUUUGGAGUUUGCCUCCAAAUGAAAACACAGGAAAAGAAGUGACUGCUCUUGCUUGGAGGCCAGAUGGCAAAAUUUUGGCUUUUGGCCUUGCUGAUACCAAGCGGAUUAUUCUGUGUGAUGUAGAAAAGCCUGAAAGCUUGCACUCCUUCUCAGUGAACUUGUCCGUUACUUACAUGCACUGGAUGGAAGUAACCGCAGAGAGCAGCAUUCUCACUUCUUUUUACAAUGCUGAGGAUGAAGCAAAUCUCGUUUUGCCCAAAUUACCAGCACUACCAAAAAAUUAUAGUACCACUGCAAAAAUUUUCAGUGAAGAAAAGUCAGAUGAGAUUAUGAAGCUUCUGGGUGAUGUAAGGCUUAAUGCUCUUGUCCUUGGUGGCAGCUCUGGGUUUAUUGAAAUUUAUGCAUAUGGAAUGUUCAAGAUUGCUACAGUAACUGAGGUGGCAGGUUCUUGUCGUGGACUCUGUUUAUCUAGUGAUCUGAAAUCACUAUCGGUUAUUGCAGAAAUACAAGACUCUCCUGACAGUGAAGCAGAGAUAACUUAUUUUCAGCUGGACACCAGUCUGUUAUCAAAUUAUUUACCUGAGGUAACUCGAAUGGCCCGGAAGUUUACUCACAUUUCAACUCUGUUACAGUAUAUAAAGUUGUCAUUGACGUGCAUGUGUGAAGCAUGGGAAGAAAUACUGAUGCAGAUGGACUCACGGCUAACAAAAUUUGUGCAGGAAAAGAAUACAACCACUUCUGUUCAGGAUGAGUUUAUGCAGCUGUUGUUAUGGGGCAAAGCAAGCCUGGAACUGCAGGCAUUAUUAAUGAACCAACUGACAGUAAAGGGUUUAAAAAAGCUUGGUCAGUCCAUAGAGUCCUCCUAUUCCAGUAUACAAAAAUUGGUUAUAAGUCAUUUGCAGAGUGGCUCAGAAGCACUGUUAUACUACUUGAGUGAGUUGAAAGGAAUGGCUUUAUGGAAACAAAAAUAUGAGUCUCUGGGAUUAGAUGCAUCUGGAAUUGAAGAGGCUACUACUGCUGUCGGUUCUUUCAUCCUGAAAGCAAAUGAGCUGCUUCAAGUUAUUGACAGUAGUAUGAAAAACUUCAAAGCAUUUUUUCGUUGGCUGUAUGUUGCCAUGUUGAGGAUGUCAGAAGAUCAUGUACUUCCAGAGCUGAACAAGAUGACUCAAAAAGAUAUCACGUUUGUUGCGGAUUUUCUUACUGAACACUUCAAUGAGGCACCAGAACUUUACAAUCGCAAAGGAAAAUACUUCAAUGUGGAGAGGGUUGGUCAGUACUUGAAAGAUGAAGAUGAAGACCUUGUAUCACCACCAAAUACAGAAGGAAACCAGUGGUUUCACUUUCUUAAAAAUAGUACUCAUCUUAAAGAAAGUCCACUUUUGUUUCCCUACUAUCCUGAGAAAUCACUGCAUUUUGUCAAAAGGCAAAUGGAAGAAGUCAUUGACCAGUGUUUACAAAAGCCAGCUGAUGUGAUUGGAAAGUCAGUGCGUCAAGCUUUCUGUGCGUCUCUCUACAAAACUUCUCGAAGUGAAGAUUCCUCACCUCAAUUAUUUAAACUACCGUUUCUGUGGAACGACAAAACAUCCAACCUACAUUAUGUUCUCUUUACCAUAUUAGAAGGUUCUAUUUCUAAAAUACAUAUUUUGAGGAGACACACAGAUACUUCCAGGUCUGUCGGUAAUGGAAUUGUUGCAGUAGAGUUUGGAAACUUCUUGAACAACAGUAUAAAUGAGAGCUCAGACUCCAGGUGCUACAGUUGUUUAGAUGCACAUUUUUAUGACGAUGAAACUGUAACUGUAGUUCUGAAGGAGAGUGUGGAACAGGAGGGGAAGGAGAGAAUCUUGGCCCAGCUGCCUUUAUCUUCAGUAUACACAGAUGAGGAUCAAGAAGUGGAAUUCAUCUGGGACUCUACUAAAAGGUUGGAUGAGCAAAGUGAUGAGAUAGCAACACGUACUGUCUUCUUGGACAGUCAGUGGAGAGUGCUGGAGAAUAUGAAAGCUCAGUAUGUUGCUGUAAAUGGUAUUAGAAAAGUUUCCUGUGUGCUAAGUUCAAAUCUCCGUCAUGUGAGAGUGUUUGAGAUGGAUGUAGAGGAUGACGGAGAAGUUGAAGAAGAGGAGGAAGAAGAAACAACUCAGAUUGCAGCUGGGGAACCUGAAGAGCCGAAUCGCUCUGUGGAUAACCAAGAAAAUGUGUGUGGUGCAUCAGCUGAAGAACUACCUGAUGAAGCUGAAGAAAAUGAAUCAAAUCUUUGACACAGAUUUUCCCUGGUAAAGGGAAAAGACUGAAAUCUAACUUCUGGUUUCUGAGAUGAUGUUUCCCGUACCUGCUCUGCAGUGUUAACGUGUUGUGUGUUCUGUAUUACCUCCUAACAAAGACCAGCUAUGUUCUAGAAUACACAGGCUUGUCUUUUAUUAUUAUUUUUUUUGGCCCAGUGAUUUGGUAGGAACUGUUUCUAUUUGCAGUUUUUUAUAGGUGGAGGAGAAAAAAUAUUAACUGAAGUUUUAAUGGUUAACCUCAUCAGUCCUGAAUACUGUUCUGAAGGUAAAAUGAGCGCGUCUGUGAAAGCAACAAAACCCUAAUUUUUGCAGACCAAAAUCUUACCUUUUUAGACUUUGUGUUCUACUGAGGGGUACAGAAACUUCUUGUAUAGUUACACUUUAAAUGUGCAUCUGGAGAACAACAGGCUUGCAGAUCAGCAUAAAACCAGCUGGACACCAAAAGUUAGCAACUGUUAUUUAAAUACUUUUAAAAAGCUAUUCUGAUAAAAAUCUGUGUCCUCGGUAACACAGUAUUUGUUCCAUUUGUGCAGUUCUUUGGUUCAGAGCACAACGUGUGUGUUUUGUCAGAUACCUCAGCCUGCCCAGGUUGUGUAAAAUUGCUCCUGUAUUUUUCCUCCUGCUGUUUUUGUUUUUGUUUUUUGUAAUGAAUAGCUAAAAGAUAAUAUAUCUUUUAACUUGAUGUGGCAUUCUGUGUCCUGUUCAGGCUUCAGCAGGAUUAUGUUCCUUGCUGAUUUCUAUAUUGAUGUAGGAGUGGUGCGAUGCUAGCACUAAGAGCUGGAGACUGAGUGUAGAAAUCUAACAUCUUUUAUUGUUGCCUAGUAGUUGGCUUGAGCCUUAACUGUACCAUCUCUUUUAAUGAAUUCAUCCUCUUGUUUUGAAAUAUGCCAUUUUUAAGUUACUUUUUUUUUUUUUUUUUUGAGUGUACAUUUUGAGAUUUUUAGGUUGUUUGAGAGAGAUUUGUUGUUUGUAACUGUCCUAGAAAGCCGCUGGCUGUUCUGUGCUCUCAUCUAACAAAUGGUUGAAGGCACGAGGAAGGUGUGGGACAGGAGUGGCAGGAACACCUAUUCAGGUGUGCUGUGCAUUUUCCAUGUAGAUCAGUUGUUCGUGAUGUGAAAUUGCUGCAACUACUGGACCAAUUCAAGUCGAGCUUGGCCUUAAGGUUCUCCUGGAAACUUUUGCCUUUGAAUUUGCUUUAGGAAUUGUCACGCUGGAGUGCUUGCAAACAAUUAUUUUGCUGUGUUUUCUGCUAAGUUGCCUUGGUCUACCAGCACAUGAAAAUGUGAUCUGCCCUGCCCAUGGUUGUUUCUAAAUUUGUGUUAAUAAUAGCUGUAUCCUAUUUCACAGGGACCUGCUCUUUAGAAAUCUCCCUGGGUUUAUUAUGUGGGCCGUCCUAGUCCAGUCUUGGAUAUACUUGAGUGAAUGAUAACUUUGUUUCUGGUUUGAAAAAGUACAUUCAUAAUUUCUGCUUUUCCCAGUAAUGUGAUACAAAUGUGCCAGUUUAAGAGGGUACUUCUGAAUGUCUUGCCCUUUCCUUCUGUCAAACUUUGUCAUAAUUUUGCUAUCUUAUUUCUGUCAUAGUAAAUGCAUCAGUAAUGUG